AUGUCAACAUGUUGCACCGCUAUCGAAAAUGGCUACAGAAAAUCGUCUUCGUUUCUUUAUUCACGUAUUAAGCAGACUGGGAGAUCGCCUUGUUCAACGAGUUUUGAGGACUUGAGCUGGAAGAAGCCACCUGGCCGAAAACGGAAGUUCUGGAUUGAGAUGGUGAAAGAGGACCCGAGGACACUCGGCGUGGAUAGGCAAUUCAGGCGAGACGUAAGGUUUCGCAGAAUAUGGGAUAGCGACGAACGGAUUGAUUCUGUGCAAGCUCUCGCAGGAGAUCGAGAAGGCUGGGCAGACCUAUGUUCAAGGACGGCACACCUCGGCGAGGAUGUGGAUAAUCGCGUCAGGCGAUGUCAUCAGCCCGCCGAUUAA